UCUUCAUUUCAAUGGAAACCAAGAUCGGAGCAUUAGACGCGCCGGUGAAGCCGGCUUCCAAUGGCGUCGGCGGCUCACCAACCCCGUCAAGCCACACCAUUAGCCCCUCACCGCCGGCCAACGGCGUAUCCUCUGAGGCCACGCUUGGCCGCCAUCUCGCUCGCCGGCUCGUCCAAAUCGGCGUCAGAGACGUCUUCGCCGUUCCUGGAGAUUUCAACCUAACUCUACUUGACCAUCUAAUCGCCGAGCCAGAGCUCAAACUCAUCGGCUGUUGCAACGAGCUCAAUGCCGGCUAUGCUGCCGAUGGCUACGCUCGACGCCGCGGUGUUGGCGCAUGCGCCGUUACCUUCACCGUCGGUGGGCUCAGCGUUAUCAACGCCGUCGCUGGAGCUUACUCUGAGAACCUCCCUGUUGUGUUCAUCGUCGGCGGGCCAAACUCCAACGACUACGGUACUAAUCGGAUCCUCCACCACACUAUCGGGUUAUCGGAUUUUUCUCAAGAGAUCCGAUGUUUCCAGGCGGUGACUUGUUACCAGGCCGUGGUGAAUCAUUUGGAUGACGCACAUGAGUUGAUAGAUGGCGCCAUAUCAACAGCACUGAAAGAAAGCAAACCGGUUUAUAUUAGCAUCAGUUGUAAUCUCGCUGGGAUUCCACAUCCAACGUUCACUAAAGAUCCUGUGCCAUUCUUUUUGUCUCCCAAGAUUAGUAAUAAGCAGAGCUUGGAAGCAGCGGUGGAAGCAACGGCAGCGUUCUUAAACAAAGCCGUGAAACCGGUCCUCGUGGCCGGGCCGAAGCUUCGAGUGGCGAAAGCCAUUGAAUCAUUCAUAGAACUCGCAGACGCCUCCUGCUACCCGAUCGCCACAAUGCCAUCGGCCAAAGGUCUCUUCCCUGAAGACCAUCCCAAGUUCAUUGGCACAUACUGGGGUGCCAUUAGCACCUCCUUCUGCUCUGAGAUUGUUGAAUCCUCUGACGCUUACCUCUUCGCCGGCCCUGUAUUCAAUGACUACACCUCUGUUGGUUACUCACUGCUCAUUAAGACGGAGAAGGCUGUGAUUGUGCAACCAGAGCGUGUGGUUAUUCCUAAUGGCCCUGCUUUUGGUUGCAUUCUCAUGAAGGAUUUUCUCCAUGCAUUGGCCAAGAGAAUCAAGAGGAACACCACUGCUUAUGAGAACUAUGAGCGCAUCUUUGUCCCCGGAGGUGUUCCUCGUAAGGCAGUAAGCAGAGAGGCUUUGAGAGUGAACGUGUUGUUCAUGCAUAUACAAAGGAUGCUCUCUGGUCAGACUGCUGUCAUUGCUGAGACUGGUGAUUCUUGGUUCAACUGCCAGAAACUCAAGCUUCCUCCUGGUUGUGGAUAUGAGUUUCAAAUGCAGUAUGGAUCAAUAGGAUGGUCUGUGGGUGCUACACUUGGGUAUGCUCAAGCUGCAAAAGAUAAGCGUGUCAUUGCUUGCAUUGGUGAUGGGAGCUUUCAGGUGACAGCCCAAGAUGUGUCGACGAUGAUACGGUGUGGGCAAAACAGCAUUAUUUUUCUGAUAAACAAUGGAGGAUACACAAUUGAAGUGGAGAUACAUGAUGGUCCUUACAAUGUGAUAAAAAACUGGGACUAUACUGCUUUUGUUGAUGCUAUUCAUAAUGGUGAAGGCAAAUGUUGGACUGCUAAAGUUCAUUGUGAGGAGGAGCUAAAAGAGGCUAUUGAAAUGGCAAUGGGAGCCAAGAAAGACUGCUUGUGCUUCAUAGAAGUGAUUGUUCAUAAGGAUGAUACCAGCAAAGAGUUGCUUGAAUGGGGUUCUAGAGUUUCUGCUGCAAAUAGCAGGCCUCCAAAUCCACAGUAGACUUUUAGAUCACAGUGUUGAUUUAUAUUUCUUGCAUGAUUUUUGCUUGUAAGUGUGUUUCUUUGAUUGUUAUUUGUUAAUGAGUGUCUAUGUUAUUGUUGUGUUACAAUAAACAAUGGUGCAUA